AUGACAGCAUAUAAUGCAGGUUCAGGCACCGAUAACGACGAUGAUGACGAUGAUGAAGACACCUCCAAAAAGAAGACUAAGAAAAAGACAACAAAAGACAGUUCUCCGUCUUCAACCACUGCCAAAGAAAAGAAAUCUAAAUCAAAAGAGGAAAAAGAUCCUGAUGGAAAAGAAAAAAAAUCCAAGUCAAAGGAGAAGGAGAAGGACAAGAAGAAAGAACCAGCAUCAAUGUUCCAGAUAAACGGAGACAAAGACUCAAAAAGCAAGAAGAAAGCUGCCAAAUCCGACAGUGAUGAGAGUGAAGAGGAGACAAAGUCAACCAAAUCUAAGAAGAAAUCCAGCGCCAGCGCAACAUCCCUCUUCCAAACAUCAUUAGACAAGGACAAAGAUAAAGACAAAGACAAAGCAAAGGCAGAACAGAGUGACGAUUCUGACUCAGAAAAAGAAGAGAAAUCAAAGAAGAAAAAGGGCAAAGGGAAGAAGAAAAAGGACAGAGCUCCUUCACCAGAGAUUGAGUUUGACAACUUGGAGAAGUUUGUGAUAGAGCCGGCUCCGCAGGGCGUGACGGUGAAAUGCAGAGUGACUCGGGACCAAAGAGGGAUGGACAAGGGCUUCUACCCUCUGUAUUACUUUCACCUUGACAACGAGAAGAAGACAUUCCUGCUGGCUGGGAGGAAAAGGAAGAAAUGUGCAACCUCAAAUUACCUCAUCUCCAUCGAUUCCACAGAUUUAUCGAGAGGUGGAGAGAAUUUUGUUGGAAAGCUGAGGUCUAACCUAAUGGGGACUAAGUUCACUGUCUUUGACAACGCUCUGAAUCCAGACAGAGCUCUUCCAGACAUGUCUAAUGCGCGGCAGGAGAUGGCUGGCAUCGUUUAUGAAACGAAUGUCUUAGGGAUGAAAGGACCCAGAAGAAUGACGGUUAUCAUUCCAGGGAUGGACAAAAACAACGACCGAGUGCCUCUCCGACCAAGAAGUGAACUUGACGGCUUGUUGAUAAGGCACCAGAAUAGGCGCAUGGAAAACCUGAUUGAACUUCAAAACAAGACGCCUGUGUGGAAUGAAGAUAGUUCGUCCCAUGUGCUCAACUUCAACGGCAGGGUGACCCAGGCCUCCAUCAAGAACUUCCAGAUAGUCCAUAGCAAAGACCUUGACUACAUUGUGAUGCAGUUUGGUCGAAUAGCUGAUGACAUUUUCACGCUGGACUACAACUACCCGAUGUGUGCCUUGCAGGCCUUUGCUAUCGCACUCUCCAGCUUUGAUGGCAAAAUCGCCUGCGAGUAA